GUUGUCUAUUGUAACGGUAUCUAUUCGCGCUCGAAACGCGUUCGUUCCACUGGGAACAGUCCAGCUUCAAAAGUAAACAACAACAAUUAAGAGCAUGCAAAAACUAAAUAACAUUCCAAGCUCGUCUCGAGUGCCAGUUGACAAAAUUAUACAGUUUCGACGAUAGUUAAUACAGCUGGGGAAAUCUCCACUAAUACGACUUACGCUUAUAAGUAAUUGCCGGCUUUUAUAGACAGAUCCAAGUUUCCCUUUGAAUUUACAUUAGCAAUUUGCAUUGAUGAACUGCGGCGCGAUGCGCGGCGUGCAUGUUAAAAAUCCAAGCAUAAUAAUCAUCGAUAUUCAAAGGCCUUAAAGCAAAGCAGCCGACCUUUGAACUCGCCCAGUCGCUGCCUCUCUAUCUCAGUGCGUCGCUGAUUAUGUGUGUGUGCGUGUGAGUGUAAAAGUGUGAAAAAGCGCAAAAUAAAUAUUAAAAGCGAAACGUGCAUGGAUUAGAAAGCAUAACCAGCAGCUGAAACAAUAACAAUAAGAACAACAACAACAACAGCGGGAACAAGAAGCAAGGAGCAGGAGCAGCAUCCGCAGCGCCAGUUUAUUGAAACAGCUCGGAAAAGAGACAUUGCCGCCAGCAGACAGCGUCUGGCGCCGGAACUGUCUAACGGCGCAACUAUAAAAAUGGGCAGCCAUGGCGGAAAAGUAAAAGGACGAAGAUCCUGCGUGCUGAGACCGAGGCAAAGCUUACCCGCUUUGCAUGCAGUAUUCAAUAUGCUGGCUUUGAGCUGCAUUAUAAUCUCCAAUUUAUUGCCGAGCGCUCAUGGACUGAAGGAUCUUAAGAUAUUCGUGCCGGAAGCAGUCAUCAUGGGCAAUGCAGCGACAUUGUCCUGUCAAUACGAUUUGGAGAAGGCGGCGCUGUACUCGGUGCGCUGGUACUUUGGCCAGGAAGAGUUCUAUCGCUAUGUACCACGCGAGGCGACGCCCACAUUUGUCUUUCCUGUUGCAGGCAUUAAUGUUGAUCUCACCAACUCGGAUGCAACGUCGGUCACACUGAAAGGAGUCACACGAGAUCUCACCGGUAGCUAUCAGUGUGAGGUGUCCGAAGAUGCACCGCUUUUCCAUACCGAUAUACGGUCGGCGUACAUGCAGGUGAUUGAGCUGCCCAAAGACGAUCCGGCAAUGCAGGUGGACAAGAAGGUGAUUGGCGUCAACGACAACUUCAAGGCCGUGUGCACAGUGGGACCCUCUUAUCCGCCGGCUAAUAUCACUUGGUACAUCAACGGCCGCAAGGUAUACAAAACGCCGCUGCAGCGCAUAACGCAGGACGCAUUUGAGGGCUCGACCACAUACUCCUCCCUGGAAAUCUAUCCGCACAGCCAGGUGUUGCAGGGCUUCUUCCAGGCAAUGCCCAAAUAUCAGACCAGCAUACUGCUGCUCUGCGAGGUAUCCAUACUGCAUGUGUUCCACAAGAAUGUGCAGCAGCGCAUUGGGCUAAGCAUGGCACCGCCGACAACCAUUUCACCCAAUUUGCUGGGCCUCGAGGGCUCCAAACGCUAUGUCAAUGGCGAUCCGGAUAAUUCAGCACUCACCGGCGCUGCACAGUGCAGCUGCAGUGCUAUCGGCGUGCUGACUCUGGCCGUGGCAACCCUGGCGGCGGCACAGCUGUGACCAGGACACACUGGACAUGCCACAUAAGCAAAUGGUCGAGCAGACACAAUAACGGCAACAACAAGAAGCACAGGCUCCGAACGAGCUGCCCGCAAAGUGUAAUUAAAAAAUAACAAAUGCAAACAAUGCACAAAAGUGCAGCUUGCAAAUUAUAAAAAAGCAAA